AUGUCUUUUGGUUCUUCGAGCCGCUUGAAUGGAAAACAAGCCUUCGCUGUAACUCGAAACUUACUUCCUGCAGUCAAGCCCGACAUACCAUUUGCGCAAAUUACGCAGGCGCCUGCGCACAGCUUUCUUGCUUGGACCUUUGGACGAGGUACUGUGAUAUAUAAAAUCUGGCCCGCUGUGAUCUUUCAGACUCUCUUUGCUGUUGUCAUCGUUACUUUGGAAGAAAAAGCAGGUGUUAAACAUCUUGCAAUCCCCAACGUCAUGUUGACCGUACUUGUAGGUGUUGUUCUUGGUUUCGUGCUAUCUUAUAGGGCUAUGUCAGGCUACGACCGUUAUUGGCAGGGGCGAACUGCUUGGUCUGAUGUUAUCCAGCAUUCGCGCUCACUGGGGCGUCUGAUUUGGUAUCAUGUCCCCCCUCGGUUGACUCCGAGAACUGCAGAAGAAAUUUCCACUGGCUUGAUGAACCGCACAAGUUCGGAACUUGUGAGGGUCAUGGCGGAGAAAAGAAUGGCACUUGAUUUGAUCCUAGGAUUUGCUGUUGCUUUGAAACAUCAUCUUCGAGGUGAAGUUGGCAUCUACUACGAGGAUCUAUAUUCUCUCGUUCGUCCUUUACACGAACACGAUCAUACUCAAGGACAAAAGCAGGCUGCGAUGACCUCUGCUCUCUCACUUCCUACACGAGUGCGCAGAAUUGCCUCUAAUCCCGCACUCCCUCAAGCACAAACGUCGGCAUCAGGUAUCAGCCGAGAAUCCUCGCCUCCCAAAAAACAUCGUGUCCACUAUCACACCGAACAUCCCAACACUAGCGAGAGCACCUACGGUACCUUCCCCGGGCCCAUCUCCGAAUCUCCGAGUGGGUCAAUUCAUCGAGUUCCAUCUAAUGCAUCCUUUCAGAGCCAACACCAAGUCCUUGCUCCUUCACAGCAGCCCGGCGAACAAGACAUGAUGAAAGAUGUUUCUACCGAGCUCAUUCCUUUUGCAGGGAUAUUUGGGGGUCUUAAGCGUCUUUUCUCCCGAAAGAAAGCAUACUCUGAGCUUUCCACUUUGGAGUCCGGAGGGAAAAACCCUUGGGGUUAUGAUGCGAGUCAGAGAAAAUGGAGCGGUCCUCUACAACCGAGGAUCGGAAAGGAGAAGCAUACAGUAUCUGCCGCAACUCGUGGUGAAAAUUUGCCCCUGGAAAUUCUUAGGUGCAUGAGCGAGUGGUGCAGUGUUCUGGAAGAGAGAAAUACUGUUCCGGGUACGAGCCUGGGCUCUAUUAUUGGUACCGUCUCUUCUCUUGAAGCGACGUUGUCCGCCCUCGAACAGAUUCUUACUACACCUCUACCUUUUACACAUCAAACAGUACGUGUUAAAUUAAUUCCCUUCAGCACCGUCUGGAUCUACCUCUUCUUCCUACCUUUCCAACUUGUAGCCGAGUUCAAAUGGCACACUAUCCCGGGUGUCGCUUUGGCGGCGUUUAUUUACCUUGGUUUCCUUGCAGCUGGCGAGGAGAUUGAGCAGCCAUUUGGCUAUGACGAAAACGAUCUCGACUUAGACAUGUUCUGCGGUGAGAUCAUCCAAGUGGACAUUGAAAACUUGAAGAAGUCGCCAUGCCUCAAUGCCUAUUUUCCUCCUACCCCCCAGAUUCAACGGCUUGUCAGACAUCGUUCCAUGACUCUCACAGAGACCACUGCUCGUGAGGAGAUAUCUGAUUCAGAUCUAGAAUACUGA